UGAAUCUGUAUAUUUGAUUACAUUUAUUCAACUAGAAUAAAUUAGAUCUCUCUUUCUUUCUUUCUUUUUCUUCAUGAACUUAUUGAAUGUGAAUAAUAUUCAUUGAGAAUUACUUACAUUAUCCAUUGUAAUUCAUUAUUACAUUAAAUUAAAAUCAAUAUUAUUAUGAAACAUAUUAAACAUUUAUUACAAUUUCUAUGGUUUAUUAUUAUUAUAACAUUCUAUAUAACAAUAAUACAUGUGAAAUGUCUUAUUCCAAAAUUAUGUGUUCAUAAUAUCACAGCAAUUGGUGGAAGUGGUAUUUGUUGUCCAAUACCUGAAAAUUCUAAAUAUCCAUGUGGUGGUCCAGGUCAAGGUACAUGUCAAAAAGAAUAUACACAAAUUGAACGUAUACCAUUUUAUUUAAUUAUGGAUGAUAGAAUGAAUUGGCCAUCAAGAUUUUUUAAUCAUUUUUGUAAAUGUGAAGGUCAUUAUUUUGGUAUAUCAUGUAAUGAAUGUUGGUAUGGUUGGGAAGGUAAAUUUUGUAAUAAACGUAAAAAAUAUAUUCGACGUAAUAUAUUAUCAUUUUCUCCAAAGAAAAGAAAAAUGUUUGUUCAUGUUGUAACAAAAAUGCUUACUACUCCAACUGAUUAUUUAAUAUUAUUUGAAAAAGAUGCUAUACAUUCUGAUCCAUUAUGGAAACCUAAAUUUUUAGAUGUAGAUGUACAGUAUUUAUUAUCUUUUCUACAUCGUUACGCGAGCAGAGCUACAUUAUUUCAUGAUGCUAAAGAUUGUAUACUACGUCAACAUUUGGAUAAUAAUCAUGAAGUAGUUGGAUUUUUAACUUGGCAUAGAUAUUAUAUGUUAUUUUGGGAAAAACUUCUACGUAAAAUUGCAAUUCAACUAUAUGGUUGGUCAGAUUUCACAUUACCUUAUUGGGAUUGGGUUGAUUCUACAAGUUGUGAUGUUUGUGUUAAUAGUUUAUUAGGUGGUUAUGGACAGUGGGUUGGAGAUACUCGUUUAAUAGACCGUAGAAGUCCAUUUUACAUGUGGCCUGAAUACUGUUCUCCUCCAACUACGGGAAGUAACUGUUAUAGUUGUCAUGCUGGUUGGCCAAACUUUCGAGUAUUGACAAGAUAUUUCGAAAGUUCAGCAUUUCCAACAACUGAUAACCUUUUGUUCACUCUUUCAAAGGAUACGUUUUAUUUGCCUCAAAUGAUGGAGGAUAUUGGUAAAUGUCGUGGUUUUCAUCAAGUUCUCGAAGGAUUUUGUUCUUUUACCGGUGACAAUUCAACUUACUCAUUUAUGCAUAAUAAAGUACAUAAUAUAGUGCGUGGUACAUUUUGUUGUGCAGCAACUUCACCUAAUGAUCCUAUAUUCUUAGUACAUCAUACACAAAUAGAUAGAAUUUUCCAAUUAUGGUUUAUGUAUAAUCGUCCACGUCCAACGGAGUAUCCAAAUCAUGGAGUUGCACUUGGAAAUUGUCGUGAAUGUAAUAUGGUUGGUUUCAUUCCUACAAUUAAACACAUAUUAAUGUUUGUAAAUACAGAACUGAUAGGUUAUACCUAUGAUAAUUUUAAUUUCGGUAGACGUGGCUUUAGUGGAGAAAAAUACUUGAAAUGUGGUCCUAAAUAUCGUGUCUAAUUUAUUAUUUACUUCAGAUCAUAAAAAUUUAAAGCAUAAAAACUGAAAUUGAAUACUUUUGAUCAACUUUAAAUGAACAAAUACUAUUCCAAAAAUUCCUGCUGUGGUUUUCUACCAAAUCAAUCAGAUUAGUACUGAAAGAAAUUGAAAAUAAAGCGUAAAUAAUUGUUUGGUUUUGCUCAGUUUGUAAAGUUUUCAUUUUGAUAACACUUAUGGAAACAACAUUGGAGAUUUUAAAUAUAUAUACAAUUUUCCCGGAGUUCUGACCAUUGGAGAUUAAUCAUGUUGGGAGUGAAACAAGCAACAUCUAUGGUAGGGGAUGAUGAU